UCAUUUCAGCGGCGGCGGCAGCAGCAGCAGCAGCAGAAGAAGAAGCAGUGCUCAUAAACAUGGCCGAGCAGACAGAGAAGGCUUUCCUGAAGCAACCGAAAGUGUUUUUAAGCUCGAAGAAAUCUGGGAAAGGGAAGAGACCGGGAAAGGGAGGGAACCGCUACUGGAAGAGCAUCGGUUUGGGCUUCAAGACUCCCCGUGAAGCCAUUGAAGGAACCUACAUCGACAAGAAAUGCCCAUUCACCGGUACUGUUUCCAUCAGGGGUCGUAUCUUAGCUGGUACUUGCCACAGUGCCAAGAUGGUACGGACCAUCAUCGUUCGACGGAAUUACCUUCAUUUUAUCAAGAAGUACCAAAGGUAUGAGAAAAGACAUUCAAACAUACCUGCACAUAUUUCCCCAUGCUUCCGCGUGAAGGAAGGGGAUCACGUCAUUAUCGGGCAAUGCAGGCCGUUGUCAAAGACUGUGAGAUUCAAUGUUCUGAAAAUGAUUCCUGCUGGAUCUUCUGGUGGAGGAAAGAAAGCUUUCACUGGAAUGUAAGGUGUAAGUGUUUAUACUUCGUAGUCCGAGGUUGUAGGAACAUAUGGAGAAGACGUUAAAUUCAGUUUUCGUACGUUUUACUUUUAAUGUUCGGAUUUUGUCAAAUUACAGCAAACCCAUGUUAUAUCA